CAAAUAUUUUCAAAGGUUUUGGGUGAAAAAUACAGUUUUAUCAGAGGUUUAAAUACACAUUUUACAUGCUUAUAUUUGGAUGAAUGAUAAAUGACAAACAGUUGCCAUGGCAAUUUUCUGUCUUUUGCCAAGUUUUAUCGUCCUGACUUGGACUGUUCCCCUCAGUGGAAAAAGAACCGGUUGCGAUGUUUAGGAGCGAUUAAAAAAAAAUAGAAAACAACUUCCACCCUUGUACAUGUAACCCAAAUAGUUCUUUUGGUGAGAGUUCACAAGCAUUUCCUAUAACAUGAUCAGCAGAUGUGAACUUGUAGUAAUCUUCCACCACAAGCCUUACUAUAGACUGAUAGAUUGCAGACCAAGAAGGAGAUUCCUGCUCCAAAUUCAACACCUUUUAAACUUGUCAAACAUUUGCAGCUCCUGGUCAUACGACACAAAUAUUGAGUUGAAGAAAACCUACAGAGCCUUGAAUAAACUGUCAAAGUACGGCGGCGGUGGCAUCAUGCUGUGCGGUCUGUUUUGCAGCCAAGUGGUUGAAAUCCUAAAGCUUCCGUUUCCAUAGCUCCGUUGACAGUUUUAUGGUUUUAAAACUUGGACACGAUUGGAUCGGUUCCAGUUCAGUGUUAGUGACUCAGCAUGUGUGCAAUUAUUUGACUACAUUUAUUUUUAAAUACAUAGAGGGAAAUACUAGUGUAUUUUAAGGCGGUCUCCGGUUUCUGGCAGUUAUUAUUUUUGGUAACCUUUGACCUGCAGGAUGCAGAAUCCAUGAAUUUGUGAAAUUGUUGCAAAUAUAGUAAACAAUCACAGACACGCCAGUAACUUCCGCGUCGUGACCAGCCUGUCAGGACUCCUGUUUCUGGAAUAAGAAGUGAUCAGAAAGCAAGUGAGGGUACAGUCUGCGGCAACACAAUGUAAAUAUUUUCACCAUCUCUUGACAGCGCUGUGGUUGCUAGUGGGCAUUCCCGGAGACAGAACCUAACAAUUCAAUGCUGCCUCAGGUCUCAUAAAACCUUGGACCGAGCCUGACACGACUCUACUUCGUAGACGUGUGGCCUGUCAUGUUUAUGUUGAUCUUAUAAGUAAACGUUCUGAAAACGUAUAGAAAUAUUCCCAGCAUGGAUUUGACUUAAGGAUACAUUCGGCAUAAUGUGAAUGAGUUUUAAAGAGCUGCAAAUGUUUUCCUAGUGAAAGACGCAGGAGCAGCAACGAGAGUUCUCAGGUUCUCACGCUCUCACGCUUUGUGUUUAUGAAUAAGCCUAAUGUUUAUGAAGAGCAAAUAAAAAAUUGUUUUGAUUUAAUUAUGACACAACUCCCUCCCAGACCAAAUGGGUAAGUCAGGGAAAUAAGCUGGUCUUAGCAGCAUAACAGCUGCUAUUUAUUCAGCAACAAUAUUUUCAGGGCCACUUAAAACUCGUUUUCUGACACAAGGAGUUUAAUUUUAGCUCUUCUGCAAACAAUAUAGGGACGUUAAAUGCACACUGGUCUUUUUUUUUAUUUUUAUUUUUAAAAUGGGGUCGUCAUGGGAGAAAACCCCUAAAAAGGGCAAAAUAAACCAAGAAAGGACUAAGUUAAUUUGGUGCAUCAAUAACAUGUUUUCUGUUGCUUGAUUUCAUGUCUAAUUAGUGUAGAAUGUGUAUUGCUGGCUAAUAGCUACCGAUUUGGGCUAAACUAAAAGUCUUUGGGGGUUUUUUAUAAGAGUUUUGACAAUAUUUAGUAGUUCUACACUGAAUAUUGAUUUCUAAACACUUCUACGUAAAUUUUUGUUCUAAAAAAAAAAAAAAAAAAGAGCAUUUUAACUUUGGAACCACUUUGAAUUCUGAAAAGUGUCGACUAAAGGUGUAAACUAUCCCCCCACCCACCCCCAAAAAUGUUGGCCACGUUUCUGUCGGCACUCGCAUUGUUGACACACCAUCUGAGGAAGAGGAGGAGGAAGACACCACAAUGGCAGAUCUGAUCACACACAGAUAGUAAACAAACAAAAAAAAAUCUAACAGAAAGUGCUGCUGUUCGGGGAAGGAAGAGCAGGUCAGCGUCUGUGCGGGGAAACGGAGAGACAUCCAGAGCCAGGAGGGCGGGACGGAGAGAGAGAAUAAGAGAGAGAGAGAAACCUGAAGCUCAAAGUGAACAACAGACCUGAGAUCAGCGGCAUUCCCCUCCCUGCUGCCUGCUGAGAGAGAAGCGACUGGGAGCUCUUUCCAGUGAAAGCACGACGGGGUUUUCAUAAACACCCAUAGAAGCGUCAUGGAGUUCUUCAAGGACUGCUGCAAGACUUUCUCUCAGAGGAACAAGCAGGAACAGGAGACCCAAGUGAUCAAAAUAAAGGCGCCUCCCAAGGAGAUAAUGGUGACAGGAGAGCUGCCGGAGGAGAGGACUAGGAUGGAGAAAGUGGAAGAUUACCUCAUUUCCAAGCAGCCUCCCGGCGGCAGAGAGGUCCCGUUCGUCGUGCCCACCUUCAAGCCCACUUACGUUCAGCCCCAGAGCCGCCAGUUCUCCACUCUGCAGCCUGGGCUGCACAGCUCAGCCAGGUCCACGUACGCGGGGAGGAAAGCAGAACUGCUGGGCGCCAGUUUAUUCCCGUACAACUCGGAGUCCAUCUUCCACCAGGGCAGCAUGCCGGCGUACAUCUCCCCCGGCCCCGCCCGACGAGACGUGCUGAAGAGCGGCCCUCAAAGCCCAGGUUGGACUCUGAAACCAGGCAACCAGCAGCGCCUGAGCAGCUCCAUGCUCGACCUGGCCAGCCCUCAGAGCCACAUCCAGCGAAUUGACUCCACCUCCAGCACCGUCAGCAGCGCCUCCUCCAUGAUGAGCUCCAUGGAAAGCAGCCUGGAAUCCAUCGCUUUGUCGGGGGACGAGCAGGAGCCGGGGAAGGUCUGUGUCCGGGUACGAUAUCAGCAGGACGUGGAGCAGGUGUGGAUAACCCUGGUCCAGUGUUCGGACCUCGUCGUCCAUCCAGAUGAAGAGCAGAAGGUUGGCUUCAAAGCAAUCCUCACCGUCCCCAAACCCAUCCAGUUCAAGACCACACUCAAAGAGUAUCACCAGAAUGUCGCCUUCAUGGAGACCUUUGUGUUCGCGCUGCGCCUGCAGCAGCUGCAGAGCAGCGCGUUGGUGCUGCGCCUGCAGACGCACAGCCCCAGGAAACGCACGGCGGCCGAGUGUGUCCUCUCCCUGCGCCAGCUCGGCCCCCGGGAGUCGGAGCACUGGCUCGACCUCCAGCAGCCCUCCAAAUCCUCGGCGUGUCACUCCGAGCUGCACCUCAGCACCCUCUUUCAGCCGGUCAGUGGACGCAUCCAGGUCAAGAUCCUCGCAGCCCAAAACCUCCCACCGUCUUCCUCUCCCCUCUCCCAGGUGUUUUUCGUCAAAGCCGAGAUGCACCAGUUAGGCCAGCUGGAAAUUAAGAAGAAGACCCGAGCGCUGAAGGCGUCCGGCGGCCAGUGUCGCUGGGAGGAGACGUUUCACUUCCUGUUGGCGUCGCUGGAGCACGCCUGCUCGCUGUCGCUGAGGCUCUACAGCCGCAGUUCCGUCAGGAGGAAACAGUGUCUUGGACAGAUCCAGCUGGGCUUCGACAGUCCUCUGCCAGAGGCCAUGGAGCAGUGGAAGGACACGAUGGCUCACCCAGAGAAAGUGGUGGCAGCCUGGCAUCGGCUGAGUCCUCCCUAAAUCCGCCGCUGCUGAGACUUUCACUUUUAAAAGCGGCAGACGCCUGGCUGCCGCGGCUGGUUGCUCCACCGGCCCCCGCCGCCGCUCACCGAGCAGGCUGUUUACGGCCCAGACUCUACGCCGCAGGUCGACGACCUGGAAGAGAUUCGAGAUGCUUGGCGAAAUUCUGUAGAUAGAGGAUUUGCACAAAGUUUUAGAAAAUGGGAGAAGAAAAGAGAAAAAAAAGGAGAGGCAUUUCUGGAAAAAGGAGGCUGUCUUUUUUUUCUUUGUAGGUCAGCUCACUGCUUCUGGUGAAAACGCCGGUUCGGUUAGAUCUGUGUUUACAAAAGGUCUUCAAUUUCAAUUAGUAUGCUGAUGAAGAUCUGAAUUUUUUUUUUUUUACUGCUUGUUCUAAAUACUAAAGUUUGAAGUACUUAGAACAAUUUUUCUCAAUUUUGUCUUUUUUUUUUUGAGAGAGAGAGAGAGCCAAGCUAAUCAAAGCUCAGAGCCUGAAAGAAACGAAGAGGAAGUAUACGGAAGCCUGAACAACCCAAGUUUUAAAAGUCAGAAACGGGUGCACUUUAAUUCGCAAGGCACUUUUAACAUUUGGGACGGUGACAUUUGCAGUGCCUUGAAAAGGUUUUCACACCACCUAGCCAUAUUUUGUCACUACACAACAAACUUCAGUGUAUUUUGAUGAGCUACUAUUAGAUAUGCUGUAAUUUUUUAGGUGAACCUCCACCUUAGUCUCAUCUCUUAUAAAUGUUUCCUCGCAGCUUUGCUGUUCACGCUUGAGUUACGCAUCCCCACAGCAUCAUGCUGCCACCACCAUGUUUCACCAUGCGGGUGCUUUUUGAAUCUAGGUUGAUUUGCGAGAAUUUUUUUAUUAACGAAAGCGGGCUGAGUGCACAUUUCAGACUGAAUUAGGCACCUCGUCGUGUUGCUCCGUCACGUAAAGUCCUAAUAAAAUACGUUGUUGUGACGUGACAAAAUGUGAAGUGUGUGAAAACGUUCACGUGGCAGUGUACGUUUCUGUUUUUCUUGCCGUCAGUGAAAGUUUAAAGCCCACCCUCAGUUGUUCAGACGACGGCUACCGUCUCUGAUGCUAACUUAGACCAUGUCGUGUUUUUUUUGGGGGGGAGGGGUUGUUCUUAUAAGGGACUUUAUCUUCUUGUAUUAUAGUUUUUUAGGCUUUUGUUCAGAAAUGUGAAGUGUAAUCAUUAAACAAGUUCACUUGGUUGAUUAAAAAUGUGACGUAAAGAAAAACGGAACAACCUGAAGUCUUUAAGAUUUUACUAACGUGGCAAACUGGAGAAUCUGUAACUUAAGAAGGGCUUCAGAAAAAAUUUCUCUUGCGUAACUCUUGUUUGUCAGCUGACACGGGAAUUUUCCCUGUUCAGUCCAAUAAAGCUUUGGAUUGAC